UCCACAUAAUUGUCCCCGUCCUAAAGGGCAGUGAGAGUCCUUAAGGAAAGUGCAGAACUCCUAGAGUCAAAUUACUCGGGCAAAGGUCAGUCCCUCCUUCAGUUAAAUAGCUGUGGGCAGGGCUUAACAAGGAAGUGACUCCCUUCCUAAGCCUCCCUGCAGCCUCAGUCCCAACCUGAACACACUAUACUCCGGUGGCGUCUUAGGUCACAAGGGCCUUCUGAAAUCAGGAGCCAAGAAGACUAGGCCACAGUUUCCUCUUAAGUUUCGUGGAGAGAGACUCGGGUAUAGAAAUAUCCUUACAGCCACCUGACUCGAAGCAGGAGCAACCACUGACAGCUUGAAGACCAGAUGCACAGAAAUGAGAUUGCUGGGUCGUAUGGUACUUGUAUUUUUUUGAGAAACAGCCAUACUGUUUUCUGCAGUGGACACACCAAUUUACAUUCUCACCAGCAGUGUAUGGGAGUUCCCUUUUCUUGAUAUCCUUGUCAGUGUUUGCUAUUUGUAGACUUUUUGGUGAGAGCCACUCUGACAGCAAUGUACCUAACAACUGGAGCACACAUAUUCUGAUCAAGCACACAUGAAGUGUUUUUGAGAACUGACCAUACAAUAGACCAUCAAGCAACAUUCAACAGAGUUCAAAAACUGCAUCACAUACAGCCCCACCAUGUGCACUGCCAGCCCCUGUGACCUGGAAGAGAUCCCCCUGGAUGAUGAGGACUCAGACAGCUUGGAGUUCAAAAUCCUGGAGUUCUAUGUCAAACACCACGUCUUCCAGAACACCUCUGCCGUCCUCUCACCGAAGCACCUGAGAACAAGGAGUCUGUCCCAGAAAGGGCCAGAGCGCUGGCCAGUGAAUGAGGCAUGGACGCAGGGGCCGUGGCCCUGCGUAAAUUCUCAAUCCAGCGAGAAGGCCAUAAACCUCACCAAGAAAAAGUCAUCUUGGAGGACCCUUUUCGGGGUAGCAGAGAAGGAGGAAGACUCACAGAGCUCGCCUCCGGAAAUCUGUCCCCAGGUACAAAGGUUGGGGGUACCUCAGGCCCGUCCUCGGAGUCCGAAAUGGCCAAGGUCCCGCUCCAGCGUGGACCAGCGCUUAGAACACAAAGCCGCGGACCCCAGAGUCGUUUCCAUUGCCAACCGAGUCGCUGAAAUCGUUUAUUCCUGGCCGCCGCCAGAAGAGCUCCACAGCCAGGGAGGAGGCUUCAAGUCCAAAGGGGUUCCGGUAUUGCAGGGUCUGCAAGGGCAGUCUGGAGCUGAAAGUACCAAGAAAGCCUGUGGUUCUCUUUCUCAAACCCCAGUGGACGAUGAGGGGCCCAGCUGGCUCUUGAGUUUGCAGCACAUCGAGCCACAAGGCAGAAGAUUCUCCAAUCAUGGUGGUGCCCUCCAACCCCAGAACCAGACUGAAGAAGACCAAAUAAUAGCCAGAAUUGUUGAGCUGCUGAAAUAUUCGGGGGAGCAGUUGGAAAGAGAGUUGAAGAAAGACAAGGUUUUGAUGACCUGCUUCCAGGAUGCGUUAUCCUAUACUGUUGUCAAGACCAUCACAGACCAGUUCCUAAGGGGCGUGGACACCAGGGGAGAAUCAGAGGUCAAAGCUCAGAGCUUUAAAGCUGCUCUUGCAAUAGAUGUCAUAGCCAAGCUCACGACCAUCGACAACCACCCCAUGAACAGGGUGCUGGGUUUUGGAACCAAGUACCUGAAAGAGAAUUUCUCGCCCUGGAUCCAGCAGCAUGGUGGAUGGGAGAAAAUACUUAGGAUGCCACAUGAAGAAGUAGACUGAAACAUCAGAGGAUUUGUAACCUGGAAUACUCAUGGUCCGGUUCUGGUCUUGUGUACAUUGGUCUCAGCACAGACUACAGGAGAAAACACAAAUGGAAAAGGUUGAUGGAGCACCAAAGGCUGAAAAGCCAUUACUCCUGCAAGUCAAGAGGCAUCAGGAGAGACCUUGACUGUUUCCGGCUCCUAGGAUGCAGAGCAUAGCCUCCGGCAUCCAUGUUUUCAGGUUGUCCAGUGAGUAUGCAAAACAGUCUAGGAAGACAAGUGAUAACCUUCUGUUCAAAUGCUUACAACAGAAACCAUCACCCAACCUCUGCUGGCCACUUUAGGGAAAGUGCGUGCCACACACUUGUUGACCUCAUGAAGGUGAAAUGAUAAAUGGUGCAUGUGCUUACUCUCUGGUUUCUAGUACUGUUUAUUUUUCAAAGUUCACUUGAGAUGGUCUGACCUUGUUUCAAGCCUGCCUUUAGGCUGAUGUAGCUGUUCAUGUUGGUAGACAGAGGUCAAAGAGACUCUCGAGUUUAUGGCCAGCCUGGGGAGAGACUGCCUGAUCUGCCUUUUUUGGCUCCCUUCUCUGGACAAUUCUUUGGCAGUUCGAAAACCUUCUAUUUGGCAGAAAACGAUUAUUUCUGUCACCCUCAACUAUCUCAGUGACCUCAUCUCUACUUCUAGAGGUUUCUAGAACUUUGUUAUCUUGGGGGCUAGUGUAAUGAUUAGUGCUGGGUAAAAUAAAUGCAUGGAAAGACAACUGUCAAAAGAGUAUGUUUAUGGUUAAAAUAAACUAAGUAAAAGCAUAUGA